CCAGACCACAGACACUUAAUUUAUACAAGAAAGCUAUAACGGUAGAGGGAGAGAGCAGAGCACCGUAGUUUAAUCUUUGAUCUUUCCACUUUCCUUUUUCCUUGGCGGAGAGAGAGAGAGAGAGAGAGAGAUAUUGGGGUUUGAGUUUGAUUCAUAUAUCAAUGGGGAGCAUCUGCAUCUCCUCUGAAGAUGAGUUGAGUCAGAGGUUCGAGAGCUACAGCUUGAGUGCAGACGUCAGUGAGUCCGAAAGCUCCACCAGUGACUUUUCCUGUCGGCACGAAGCUCCUGCUGCUGCUUCCACUUCUUUGACUUCUUCAUCCCCUCCAUCCGGACCCGACUUCGCUGACAUUUUUGUUUGUCAGCACCAGCCGCCUAUACCCUUUUUGUUUCCGGCGGUCGGUGGACGACAUGUCGUCAUUCCCGCGACCAAGGCUGAGAAACCUGAGACCAAGUUGUCCGAGGUUGAAUUGAUGAAGGAGCGGUUUGCAAAGCUUCUGCUUGGAGAAGACAUGUCAGGGGGAGGCAAGGGAGUCUGUACGGCUCUUGCUAUUUCCAAUGCCAUCACAAAUCUUUCCGCCACUGUGUUUGGGGAGUUGUGGAAGUUGGAGCCAUUGGCACCCCAGAAGAAGGCAAUGUGGUGCCGGGAGAUGGAUUGGCUUUUGUGUGUAAGUGAUUCUAUUGUUGAGCUCAUACCAUCAAUACAAGAAUUCCCUGGUGGUGGAACAUUUGAGGUUAUGGUCACUCGGCCCCGCUCUGAUCUAUAUGUAAACCUGCCGGCACUCAAGAAACUAGAUGCGAUGCUGCUUAGCAUUCUUGACGGAUUCCAUGAUUCUCAAUUUUACUAUGUUGACCGAGGGAUAAUUGUUGCUGAUUCUGAUGACGGUGAAACAAUUCCCCUGUCUUCCUCUUCCGAUAGACCUUCAAUCAGGCAAGAAGAGAAGUGGUGGCUCCCAUUCCCUAAGGUCCCCCCAAAUGGUCUCUCUGAGAAUGCGAGGAAGACAUUGCAACAGUGUAGGGAAUGCACAAAUCAGAUCCUUAAGGCUGCAUUGGCGAUCAAUAGUAGUGUUCUGGCUGAAAUGGAAAUCCCUGAUGCUUAUUUGGAGAGUUUGCCCAAGAGUGCGAAAGCAUGUUUAGGCGAAAUCAUUUACCGUUUUAUAGUUGCUGAUCGGUUCUCCCCAGAAUGUCUUCUUGAUUACUUGGACCUCUCAUCAGAAUACACAACUCUGGAAAUAGCAAACCGGAUUGAGGCUGCUGCGCACAUUUGGAAGCAGAAACACCUGAAAUGCCAUCCAACUCUUGUGAAUACUGGAAAGUCAUCCUGGGGAGGAAAGGUCAAAGGCUUUGUCAGUGACACAGAAAAAAGCAAGCUUCUAGCGCAUCGGGCUGAUACCCUCUUACAGAACCUAAGGAUACGGUUCCCUGGGCUCCCACAGACUGCUCUGGACAUGAACAAGAUUCAGUACAACAAGGAUGUGGGGCAAUCAGUCCUUGAGAGCUAUUCUAGGGUGAUGGAGAGCUUGGCGUUCAACAUAAUGGCAAGGAUUGAUGAUCUGCUAUAUGUAGAUGAUGCCACGAAACAACGGGUAGCUGCAGAGUCUGUGUCUCUGUAUGACCAGGGAAGGUUUGGUGGUGCUAUGCCAAAACAGAAGAGGAUAUCACCCAGUCCAUUCUCAGUUAACCAUACUUCAAUUGCAUCGCCAGCGUUGGAUCAUAUCAAUCAGACAACUAGAAGCCCUGGUGGAAGGACACAUAAACCAAUAAAGAAGACUAGUUUUCGUGACGCUAUGGAUGACAAGUUAGAAAAAUUAACUUUCUGAUGAAGUAACUAAUGUUGGCCAACUUCUCUGUCACGGUAUGUACUACGUAGCUAUUUAAAAGAUGGUUUGCUUAACCACCUGAUGGAUGAGCAAGUUAAGGCAUAUAUAUAUAUAUAUAUAUAUAAUGGAUGAUAUGUUGGUUUUUUCGCUCUAUGAUCCCACAGAAUCUGAUGCUGUUUGCAUUGGUCCAUACUCUAUUUCAAUCUCGAUUCUUCUUCUUCUUUUUGGUAUAAACAGUCGUUAUUCUUGUUAAGAACA